AAACAACACAGGAGGAAAUUGGUUAGCCACAGGAGGAAAUUUGUUUUCUGUUGUAUUUACAUUUGAAUUAGAAUGGAUUUGGAAAUAUUGGAACAUUUUCAAAACGAUUUACAUGAUAUUAAAGUGUUUGAGGACUUCCUAAAAGUGAAUAGCUUAAACCGGCAUGUUAAUUGUAGCAAGCGAUUUGUGAAUCUUGGUGUUAUCCGCGCGAAGAGGGGUUUUAAAAAUCGUAAACGUCGCCGCUUAAAUCCCUUAGUAGACUUAACCGAAGAAGAAUUUCAGCAUAGCUAUCGUUUCAGUAAAGAUAGUAUACGUCGUUUGCUGGAAAUGGUAAAGGAUGAUCUGGAAAUAGAGCAGCAACAAUGUAGCGGUAUGGCUAAACGAGAAAGUCAGGUGCCAGUGGAGAAGCAAAUAAUGGCAGCAGUGCGUUAUUGGGGCAGAACUGAGCAUCCCGAAAUAACAGCUCAAGUACAUGGCAUUACUGUUGGCACUUUGAUGAAAAUUAGUAAACGUGUAGCAGAAGCAUUAUCCUAUAAAGCCUCCCGUUACAUUCGUAUGCCCUGUUUAUUGGCUGAAAAGGAAAAAGUCACUAAGGGCUUUUAUGAUCUGGCUCAUAUGCCUCAAGUCAUUGGAGCUGUAACUCACUUGAAUAUUAGGUGUAAGCGUCAAGGAGCUGCUAAUCAGGAACAAAAGCCCGAUGAUAUUCUCUACAUACAAAUAGUAUCGGAUGCAAAUUUCAAAAUACGUGAUUUGGACUGUCACACAGUGAAAUCGGCCAGCAGUAUUAAAUCGCCUGCCGAUAUAUUUGCACAAAGUCGCAUCAAGGAACGUUUUGAGCAGAAUGAAUUUCGUGGUCGUCUGUUAUUGGGUGAUUCGGUAUUGAAAUGUUCUUCAUACCUGUUUACUCCAAUAACCUAUGCAGUCACACUGGCUGAACAGGCUUUUAACAGUUCAUUGCGUUUAACUUAUGAACCAGCUAGACGUUGUCUCAACUUGUGGCAGCAGCGCUUUGGCAUAUUAAAUUGUGAAUUCACUGGUUCACAUACUACGGUGCGGCAUAUAAUUGUUGCUUUGGUACUACUGCACAAUAUGGCUAUAGAAUGGGAAGAUACAGCUUUAGUUAAAAAAGCUGAUGAAGAUGAAACUAGUAUGCAUAGUUCCCAUGAAAGGGUCAAAUGUGCGGACGAACGUAGUCGAGCGGAAUUUAUAAAAAAUCAUUUCAAUAAUUUCAUAAGUUAAUUGAUUUUAUAAGACUCCAUCAAGAAAUAAUAAAAUUUUCCUCAAUUCUAUAAGUCAGUAAAAAUUCAACACAAAAACAAUUUAA